AGAAUUACGGAAAGUUGAUGUCUGAUCAAUUCAAUUCAGAAACAAAAUGGCGUCAGGAGGAAGUUAUGAUGAUGAUGACUUUUACAAGAGGGUACUUAGCAGCAGCCAGAAGAGGUUUGUGAGUGACGCAGACCCUGUAGCAUUACUGGAUGUGUGUCUCCAAAAACAGAUUAUCGGCCAAGAUCUGUGUAGAGAUAUUUCGGAGUUAGCAAAUACAUCACAAAAGAACAGACAAAUUUUAGAAACCGUAUGUUCAAAAGGAAAAGACGGGUACAGACGCUUCAAGGAAUGUCUUAGAGAAUCAGGUCAAAGGCAUCUUGCGGACCAUCUAGAACAAAAUGAGAACGAAAUAAAACAGACAGCAAGAAAAAAAACCAUACAAACGAUUGGAAAGGUAUCAGAUGAGGACCUAGCCCAAAUUGCACAUAAGAUAGGCAAAAACUGGGAACAGCUUGCCCCUGCUCUUGGCUUAAUGAAUGUAGAAGUUGAACGUAUAUAUCAAAUGCUGAUGACGUGGAAAAAAAAAUAUGGAGAAGCUGCCACUUUACAAAACUUGUCAUCAAAGAUUCAGAGCAUGCCGUCAGUAAACGUGGAUAUGGAUUACAUAUAUGAUAAUGUGUCCAAUGCUGUUAUGGCUGAUUCAUAUCAAAGAUCGAAACCCACUAGAGUCAUGCCGCAAGAUGUAAAAGGCGAUCUUCGUCUAGAGCCAGUUGAAAAUUCAGUGUCAAUUAGUAGUGGAAGCAAUGGCGGUGAAGAUAAAUAUAAACAAGUAGAAGAACAGCCUUCGUCUUCUAAUAUCGUGAACGGAGUAAGUGCAGCAAAGGAACGAUCAGAACAACAGCCACAAGAGGAAAGUCCCAAUGCAUCGACAGCAAGCAGAUCUGAGAAAGUGAUAACUGCGGAAAAUCAAAUUGACACAAACACAACGCCCUCAUCAGAAUUACCCACACCAACAGUUGAACCAACGUACGAAAACUUAAAUAUGAGUUUUAAAUCAGAAUAUGAUAGUACGGAAAAACAGCCCAUUCAAGCUAGUCAAGACGAGAAAAGUGACGGUGAUUUAUCCGCAUUAGAUACCCUUCAGUACAAGGAGAAAGACAAAGGCCGAGGUGAAAAUAAAGAUUGUUGUCUUAGUAAAAACAUAGUAGUUGAAAGGCCCGCUGAAUCAAACGACGAUUCUUCAAGUGCGGCCAGAGAAAAUAGACUGCAAAAAGUAUUCAAACCCCCACGAGACAAACCCCGUCGUAAAUGUACCCAUGACGGAAAGCUUCUAAUUUGUGAAGAAGGGGUUUUUCGUGAUAUAAAGGCCUACUGCAACACAAAUAAACCAAUAGAAGGAGGAUUCGGAUACGUUUAUAUUUCUGAAAGAAAGAUCCCCGGUCUGGAUAUCAAAGUGGCUUUAAAAGAAAUGAACUGUGCUGGAGGAAAUGAACAUUUUGAGCACUCUGCAACCAAUGAGAAACUUGCGUCUCGGAUAAUGCAUUUUGCCAUAGUCCCGUUGUUGGCAAUGGGAUGUGAUACAAAUGAACGGAUUUACUGGUUUCUAUCACGUUGCCUCGACAAGGGGGAUUUGUACACAUUGAUUGAAAAGGAUACCAGUCGCAUCGAAAAGAAUGCCGUUGCAGAUAUUGAGUUAAACAGGCAAAGACGACUGAAAAUUCUGUACCAUAUUAGUGCAGCAAUAGACUUUCUUCAUACAGAAAUUGAAAAUUUCAGGGGCGCAAUAAUUCAUUUAGAUGUCAAAACACGUAACGUCGUUCUGGAUAGAUUUUACAACGCAAGGCUUACAGAUUUCGGAGUAGCAAGAGAAACGACUGAAAACGAAACCUCAAUCAAGACAUCACCAACUGCUAUUCCUUUAACAAAAGGAUACUUUCACCCACCAACAUACGACAAACUUGAAAAGUACUUUGAUUAUUUCAAUAUAGGUGUAGUGAUAAGAGAGUUGUUGACCGGGAAACACGCAAACUUCAAAUACUCGGAAGACUCGAAAGAACAGUAUCUAAAAGACCUAGAUGAGGUUGAAGUGGAAUAUAACGUUCAGGACAAUAUUUGGAACGAUCAAAAAAAGCUUUGUCAGUCAGCAGAGAUACUGCUCACAUUAUCACAGCAAUGUAUUGACAGUGCUAAACAAAGUGAAGUUAGGAAAGAUGAUAAAUUGACAUCUGAGGACAUUUUGAAAGAAACGCAGAGAUUAAUAGACCAGUUUUGUAGCGGUGCAUGGGAAAGAUUACCAGCCGAGGAACAGAAUUCAGAUGAUGAUAAUUGUGAGAUGUGUAUGAUCAAUCCUUCAGCAGAAACAGUUGCCUCAGUGAAACAGAGUGUCGCGCGCAAACCUCAGGACCUUAUCUUAAAGCACUAG